AGAACACAAAUCAAGUUCGCAGCUUCUGGAAAUAAUCUGAUGAUCCAGUUCUACCCAUUUCUUUAAAACGCAGCUGAACGAAACGACCAUGAAGGUGCUCUUGCUUGGUGCCACUGGUAAUGUCGGCAGCCGUGCACUGCCUGCCCUGAUCAAGCACGGCCAUACUGUCGUAGCUUAUGUUCGCUCGCCUAACAAACUCGCGCCGGCGAAGCGAGCUAUCUUGGCCGACGUGGUCGUCGGAUCGGCCACGGACAAGUCGGCCCUGAAGGAUGCCAUCCUCGCCCACCACUGCGAUGCCGUCUUUCACGCCGCUGGCCAGGCGCAGAUGUUCGGCCGCUCCAAGACGGGCGAAUACAACAAAAUGUUUGCUGCCGUCGUCGCAGCCAUUGUGGAAGCCCGCGAGGAGCGCCGCGGGCCCGCAAUCCGCGCCUGGCUGAUGUCUGGUUUCCCAAUGCUGGACAGCGCCAUCCCGACUCAUCUCAUCGGUGACUACAUGCCCAUGUUUCCCGAGCACAGGGAAAAUCUGGCCCUCAUCCAGAAGCAGGAAGAGGGGAUAAUCGCCUGGUCGCUGUUCUGUGCCAAUCAAAUGCGCCCCAAGUAUAACGAGGCUCGAUUUCCCGCACCGGACAACUGCUCGGCGGCCAAUGUCAUCGCCAGAGCCGACUCCCCCCCGGAGUGGCGGGACAGUCUCAAGUGGGUGCCGCUGAUCGGGCCCUACUUGAACGUCUUCGGUCUAGCCGGUGCUUACGCCACUACAUUGGAAGAUCCCUUGGACUUCGUUGCCAGCGACCUCGAGAAAGGAUUGCAGAGCGAAUUUGUCGGGAAGAGAGUGGGAUUUAAGAUGAAGAAGGCGGCUCCUUAAGUGUGCGUCUGGAGAUCUACGUUUCCUGCUGUCUUUUUGUUUUACAAUUUGGGAACGAAGUUAAUGAGAUCGGCCGCCGUCAUAGAGCAUAUCGCCCGUGUCAUAAUACAGCACUCUAUCAUUUGUAACUGAUGAAUACCAUCUAACUCUUAACAGAUUGAAUAGAAAUAUAAUAUAGGAGUAUUAAG